GUGUACCGGUUCGUGCAACGGUCCAACAAGUGCGGCGGGCCCGCUGCUCGCACGGUCGUCCGCGCAGUUGUGGAAAGGACCUCGCUCGUUUCGCUCGCGUUGAGCCCGAAGAGCAUUGUACCGCGAGGUCGAGCAGAGAGCGUCGCGCACCUCCCGUCACGCUCUCCACGUACCAGCAGGCAUCACGACGCACAGCACGUGCAUCUACGAGAAUAGCGAUGGUCCGGAUGCUAUUUUUCCUCGGCGCGGCGUUUUUCGCGCUGGCCGAGGUUCGCGCCGCACCGACGAGGUACGACCAACGGCAGGACGGCGAGUUCAACGUGCACGCUCAGCUGAAGAACUUCCUCAUCGUCGCGGCCAUCCCCAACGAUACCGCCAACGACCACCUCAGCGACCUGGCACUGGAGACCCUCGAGCAGGUGAUAUCCCGCUCGAAGCAGCAAGGUUUAAUCAAAUCCGACGAGGCGGUUCGCCAAGAGGAGCCCUAUUCCGUGGAAGUGAUACAGCUAAAUGAAAAUCGUCCGGACAAGGAGAGCUCGGUGCGAAAAGCGGAAGGAGGAGAUGCCGGAGCGUCGAACGUCUUGGAUCAGCGACCGACCCCCGUCGGCGACGGGCAGGCCGAAGGAGCCGGGAGAGUCGCGAGAAAUGUGAAGAACUUCGAUUUCCCGAAGAGCCGCGAGGUGCCGGCCAGUCCGGGAUAUUUCGCGAACGCGAGGAAGCCGCUCGCCGGGCCCAAGACGGGAAACGGCGGUCGGGCACGGAACAUCGUCGGCAACGUUUGGAAUCCCGACGUCGAGUCGGGACGACCGGGAACGUCGUUGAAGAAGCAGCUGCCCGGAAGAGGGGAGGAGGAGGACGUCGCGCUGCCUUCGUCGAGCGCCGACAGGAACGACGUGUCUUCGUUCGCCGGGGAGAAGCAGCAGGACGAGCUGGUGCUGAUUGGCGACGGCGUGGAGAACUGUGGUCCGGGAAGGCGUCGCGACUCAUCCACCGGCAUCUGCCAGGUCGACGAGUCGGCUCGUUCUCUCCUUUAGCUUUAAGCUCCUGG